GACAACUAGCGAGUUGUUCGGCGGUGUGUCUGCAGGGAUGGAGCCGCGGGAGAGCGCGGUGUGGCGGGGCUCCUCGGGCCGGCUCCCGCUGCAGCUGAGCGGCGGAGCACAGAGCGGCCGCUUCGCCUGGGUCCGGCCGCCGAGGACCGGCGCUCGCUGGGACGUACUGCUGGAGGUGGAGGGUGUGAGCGUGUCCGGACUGACCCUCGGUGACCUGCUCGGUCUGCUGGAGCUCUGCGAGGAUCCCGUCCGGAUCAAGACCGCGCGAGCAGGUGGCAGACUGAAGAAGGACUUGAGUUAUUUCUUGAGUCAGCGCUUUCAGAAGGGCUCAGCAGAUCAGCGGCUGCAGGAGAGCAUCAGAAACAACCUGCACCGCUACAGUGCUCCCUAUCCCGUGCCGUACUCAGCUCUCCGGAUCCGCUGUGUCUCUGUCGGCCUCACGCUCGCUUCUCCUGCGUUAUCAGACCCUUCUCUUCAGCCGCAGACACAAAGGAAGGAUUAGCUCUCGAACGCACGGGAGGGAGCAUCGGUGGAAGGGGCCGUGUUCUCGCUUGACA